GCAGUCAAAAAGUCAAGCCCCUAAAUUGGCGUGGGACCCACUGCCCUUCCCCCUUCUCUCACAGAAGACAGAACCUCCACGCGACGACAGCCCCAAGCCUCUAACGCCCAAAACUCCCCAAAUCCCUAGAAUUCACUGAUACUUUGUCGCCCUACAAUUCGACCUCUUCCUCCUCGAUCGCUCAAUGCCGAUAUGGUCGGAUAACUUCAGAAUGGACAUUUAUUUAUGGAUAUGAUUUGUCCAGUACUUGUAGACCGCUGCAUUUGAGAUUGUUUCUUGAGUGAGCUGAACUAGGUUUUUAGGAAGAAACUAUUUGUUGAUAUAAGCUGGUUCCCUUGGCCUUGAGUAAUGGCGGGAGGUGCGAGAUUUGAGAUGAGUGCAGCCAGUCCAGAGGACUCGGCAUUUGCAGGGGGAUAUUCAAAUGGGAUGAGAGGAAAUUACCCUGGUGCCAGUUUGGAUAGGUCUGGAAGCUUCCGUGAGGGUGGUGAGAGUCGGAUGCUUAGUUCUGGUGCUACUACGCCCAGGGACAAUGCUACUUCGAGAGGAAAUUUGCCUCCACUACAUCAGUGUUUGAUGUUAGAUCCUAUUACAAUGGGAGAUCAGCAGUUUGCUUCCUUGGGUGAGCUAAGGAGGGUUCUGGGAAUACCUUUUGGCGGCAGUUUAGAAGACAAUCCAUUUGGAGCAGCUAAUUUGAAGCCCCACACUCCAGUGGCUACAGAGGACCUAAAAUGGUUCAAAGACAGUGUGCUAGUGGCCUCAAACAAGGCCAGGGUUAGAGCAAAAAGGUUGGAUGACUCCAUCGACAAAUUGAACAGGUAUUGUGAAGCUUUAAACUUAAAGAAGCAGCAAAGGAAUGAGUUUAUAACAAAUGAAAGAUCAGGUGGGUCAAACUUGCUGAAGAUGGGAGCUUCGAGAAACUCUUCAGAUUCUAUGAAUCAAAGGCUGGAGGACAGGACUAAGACUGUUGUGAUGAACAGGCGUGCUCGCUCAUCGGUCACAGAAUUAAGGGCUGAAAGCAGAAGUAAUGUGCUGACAAGGCAGCCUGUGGUUGUGGGAAAAGAUAGGGAUAUGCUUAGAGGUGAAGGCUCUGAUCUUGUUGAAGAAAAGAUUCGCAGACUACCUGCUGGAGGGGAAGCAUGGGAUAAAAAAUGAAAAGGAAACGUUCUGUAGGCACAGUAUAUAGCAGGCCCAUGGAUGGUGAUGCAGAGCUAAAACGAACCUUACAUCAUAAGCCUAAUGAUGAGCCUUGUCCCCAAGCCUGUGAUGCCCAAAGUUUCAGAUCAGGGUCAUUUACUGGUGGUAAUGGCAUUAACAAGCUAGACUCUAAUUCCUUGUCUGCUAAUGCAAAUGGUCGUAUUAUGCUCAAGAAUGAGUUGGACAAGGUCUCUCUUUCAAAAGAUUUAACGUUUGGGUUGACUAAGGAGCGACUUUUACCAAAGGCAAACAAUAAGUUAAAUGUUCGCGAUGAUAGUCAAAUACUCAAUCCUAAUCCAGUGAUAAAGGGAAAGGCUUCAAGGGCGCCAAGAAAUGGCCCUGUAACUGCAUGCAACUCAUCUCCUAGUCUUCCUCGCACAUCUGGAACACCUGAGGGAUGGGAACAACCUCCAAGUGUAACAAAAAAUAAUUCAGUGAGCGGGGCUACCAAUCGCAAACGUCCGGUGCCCACAGGAUCAACCACGCCCUCGAUGGCUCAAUGGGUUGGUCAGAGACCACAGAAAAUGUCUCGAACCAGAAGAUCAAAUCUACUGUCUCCUGUGUCAAACCAUGAUGAAGUGCAGAUACCCUCAGAAAGAUGUUCCCCUUCUGAUGCGGGUGGUAGAUUAAAUUCUUUUGGGACCAAUGGGCUGCUUCAGAAGAGUGUUGUGAAUGGUGCCCAACAAAUUAAAAUUAAACAGGAAAUGGUUUCAUCUCCUGUCAGAUUAUCUGAAAGUGAAGAAUCUGGUGCUGGUGAAAAUCGUGAAAGUAGAUUGAAAGAGAAAGGACCAGGUAGUAGUGAAGUAGGUGAGAAAGCUGUGAAUGAUGUUCAGAAUACUGGUUCUUCAAUAUUACCUACAAAGAAGAAUAAACUGCUCAAUAGAGAGGAAACUGGAGCUGGUGUUCGGAGACAGGGAAGGAGUGGAAGAGGAUCAUCAGUUUGUAGGGCUACCACUGUAGCUACAAGGGAAAACUUGGAAACUCCAGCCUUGGCAAAGCCAUUCAAAAGUAUGAGGCCUGGUUCUGAGAAGAAUGGAAGUAAAUCAGGGCGUCCUCCUCUGAAGAAACUGUCAGAUAGGAAGGCCUUUACUUUUCCAGGCCAUAUAUCUACCAUCGGUUCCCCUGAUUGUGCAGGUGAGCCAGAUGAUGACCAUGAAGAACUUCUGGAAGCUGCAAAUUUUGCCUGUAGCUCCAACAAUUUGGCCUGUUCUAGUUCAUUUUGGAAGAAAAUGGAACCAAUAUUUGGUCCUGUCAGUUUAGAGGUGGUAUCCUACUUCCAGGAGCAGCUCAUAUCUGUGGAGGAGAAUGAUGAAUGCAUGUCUCUGAUGCUAGGCAAUACCAAUAAUGUUUCGGGUGAUAUUGUGCACGAAGAAAACUUUGUGCCCAAGACUCUUGUUUCUGGACAAUACGAGUGGAACGUGCAAGACCAAAUUCAAAAAGGAGAUAUAUCUUGUGGAAGAUUAGUCUCAAAAGGAACAAAGAAAGUGCCUCCACUGUACCAAAGAGUAUUAUCGGCUCUAAUCGUGGAAGAUGACAUUAAAGAAUUUGAAAAUGGCAAUGACUGGAGAACUAUGUCUUUACAAUAUAAUGGGGACAAUUUUCCAGGUGCUACAUGUGCCUCUAUUAAUGUUGAGCCAAGGAACAGGAUCGGGGUCCAGCUUCCAAACGAUACAGAUAUGGGUUUGCAGACUCUCAAUCAAUGUUCCAUUGACAAUUACCCUUACAAUGGGGCCAGUGGCUUUGUGAAUGCCACAGGCAUCUGUAAUCAAUUAUACAAUAAUGAUUUGUCAAAAGUAGAUUUUGGAGAGUUGCAUUCAGAGAGUGGGAUGCUUCCCUUGUUUUCCGAAAAUGGUGCAGAUGGGUUACUACAUGUGGUUACAAACUCUCCAGGAAUUUCUUCCUCUGAUUGCCCAUAUGAACAGAUGCCUCUGGAGGAUAGACUCUUGUUGGAGCUACAAAGUGUAGGCCUGUAUCAAGAAACAGUGCCUGAUCUAGCAGAUGGAGUGGACGAAGCAAUUGAUAAAGAUAUUGUUGGACUACAGAAGCUACUUCACCAACAGGUUGAUGGGAAGAAGAUACAGUUAAACAAAUUUGUUAAAGCAAUUGAAGAAGGCAUGGACAUCGAAAGACGGCGCCGCGAGCAGGUUGCUAUGGACAAGCUUGUUGAGUUGGCUUUCAGAAAGCUUCUGGCCACUCGGGGAAGUAUUGCUUCAAAAUAUCGGAUUGCUAAGGUUUCAAAACAAGUUGCCAUUGCUUUUAUGAAGAGGACUCUUGCUAGAUGUCGAAAAUAUGAAGAAACUGGAAAAAGUUGCUUUAAUGAGCCUGUACUUCGAGAUGUCAUUUUCGCUGCAUCGCUUCCCAGUAGCAAUGGAGAAACCAUGAAAUGCAACAGCAUAAGUUCGCCACUUGAAAAUCAAAACUCUCAACAAGAACCUGGGGUUUCAGGUUCUUCCAAAUGGGCAGAGCGGCCUGAUCAUCGUAAUAAGCAUGACUGGGGUUCUUCUGGUAUGUCCAGUCUUACCCAUCCCACUGAGCAGGUUACAAAAACUGGACCAAUAUUGUACAGAGGGAAAAAGAAGGAAGUUCUGCUUGAUGAUGUUGGCAGCCCCUCCUUGAAAGCUGCAUCAAAUCUUGGUACUGUGUUGGGUCGAGCAAAAGGAAAAAGAAGUGAGAGAGAAAGGGACAAAGAUACAUCAGCCAGGAAUUCUGUUACCAAAGCUGACCGUCAAUCAUUGGGUAACAAUAAGGGUGAGCGUAAAACCAAAACAAAGCCCAAACAGAAGACAGCUCAGCUAUCAACUUCAGGAAAUCGGUUGAUUAGCAAUGCCCCUUCAGCUGGAUUUGUUGAAGUUGUUGGCAAUAAUAAUAACAGUAAACGAGAGAUUGAGCCCACAUGCUAUAAUGACAUUCCUCAGGGUCCUACAGAGACCAAGAAACAAAUGGAUUUUGCAAACUUGCAUCUGAAUGAUUUAGACUCGAUAGAACUAGGAGUAGCCAAUGACCUUGGUGGCAACCAAGAUCUGAGUACUUGGUUUAACUUUGAUGAGGAUGGUUUGCAGGACCAUGAUGCAGAGGGGCUUGACAUUCCUAUGGAUGACCUCUCGGAUUUGAAUAUGCUUCUGUGAGGACGACAGUAAACUGUAUAUUUCCUUGGAUUACUUGACCAUUUAGACAAGACUGAUGGUGCUAUUGUCAGAGGGCAACCUGCCAAUAUAAGUUUUGGCUCUGGCAAACAAGCACAUGUAAUUAUGGCCAUUUUUUGUAUACUCAUCCGAAGAUGUUUAAAAAAGGAAAAUAAAAACAAAUCUCAAUUGUUUGUGUAGUGCAGAUGAAUUCUCAUCAGAACAAAUAACAGUUUUCUUUUGAGCAUAAUUUUGCCUCUGUUCAUCUUUCUAUUCUCUAGCAUUGCUGACUCAUUUUUCCGCGGCAAAUAAAUUUAAGUGCUUACUGGAAUCUAGGUGCCAGUGCUAACUGCUAACUACUUCCCUUCCAAUUUUAUAUAAUUUUGAUGUACUUUUUGUGGCUGUUAUUCUGCUUAUGUGCACUAAUGAGAAUCCUAUGCUGACAGUGAUGGUGAAUUAUUCACUAGUAUUGAUUUUCUUGGGAAAUCAAGUGGAAUCUGGUUAAAAGGUACAUUCUUAUUUUGUUGGGUAUUAUUUAUCUGCCUUAUGGCUGGGAUUGGUGUCUACAAGAGAUCAUUUGCCUCGUUGCACAGUUUCAGGCUCAGCACCAGGGUAUGCCUUUAAAUUUACAGUUAUUUUUUUGGUCAAUAUAUGUCUCCCCAUAAAUGAAGUGAAUGCCUGGAAGAUCUUGGUAAUAUUUGUUGUAGUAGGUAAUUUUGAACUCUUUCCUAAGAAGACCGGUUUUGACGUAACAAAUAGAGAGGCUCAUUAAAAAAUUUCAUUCACUCUUGACCAAAUAAAUCUUUCUGGAUUCGUUUUUAUGCUUUUUCCAUGCGAAGCCCACAGGUGUUCAUUCCUUCUUUUUCUUUUUUUAAUAAUUUUUUGUCCCUUUACCAUUGAAGUUUGAGGCCUGGAAACAGGAUUUAUUAAGGUAGGCUAUUUCCUUUCAUAUCCUGUGACAGCUACAAUUGCUUGAGAUUUAUACUGAGUUCUGCCAAAAUCAGUGUUUGGUAUCAACUAUGACUUUGCGUGAUAUCCCGAGUUCUAACAUAAUUUGGCUUUUGUAAUCAACUGUUAUGUGGCUUGAUAAUAGAGUGUGCUGCACUACCCAACGCGUAACCUUGUCCCCCCCACCCCUCUUCUGGUUAUGCCAUUACCAAUCGUAGGUACCCCAUUUAGUAUUUCGUUUGUAUUUGUAUUCUGGUAACCCUUGUAACCUUGUUCUUGGUUAGGCCCUAUUUUUUCAACUAGAGUGGGAGUGGGCCUACGCAUUAUAGGGAGUAUUGAGUUCUGUUGUCAAGUUGUUGAGGGGAUGAUCUCCUAACAGCUUAGGCUUUUGGGAUUAACAGUUGCUUGGAUGCCGAGUCUAGUAGUUUUCCUUUUCACUUGUAAGUGAGAGGUUUUAGGUUCGAUUCUCGCCAAAGGCGAAUUUGAACCAUAUUAUUGCUAGCCCAUUGUGAGGCUUUGCCCACUCUCCCACCCCCUUAGUGUAGAUAAUAUCGUUUGUUAAAAAAAACACAGUUGCUUGGAUUUGUUUUGUUUCUAGAAAAUGGAGAGGUUUUAUGGUUUGUUUCUGUUUCAGGAGCUGUUACAGUCUCAAGACCUCUGCAUUUGUACGUAUGCGGUUCCAAUGAUGCAAUGUCGUGACUGUUUCAUUCUGUUUGGAAACUUGAUGAAUCUGCAAACAUCAGCUUCAAAGUUGGUUGUACCUUUUCAUGUAUUUGUUUCAUUAAAUUUUGGCGGUUGCUUUACUUGAGUUUCCUUCUUGUAUGUUGUUGUUGCAGGUUGGAUCUGAUAGAUGUGUGUCCUGAAUAUAGCUCGUCCACUGUCUCAGCUUGUUCUGUUUUACUGUAAGAUGAUUGUCCUUGCCCUGGCAUCUGGCUCUGUUAUCUUAUCAUUAAUUAACCUUGCCCUAAAUCUGGUUCUGUUUUUCAUAUAUUUUUAUGGUACGGAGCCUCUGGUUUGAUUCGGUUAGUAGUCCUUGAUGGUACUGAUUUGGUUGUUUUACAUAGGAUUGCUUUGAUUGGUCAUUUCUUGAGGAGCGUUUCUUAUUACCUUUCUAAUGGAUUGUUAAUGUAUUCAAAUACUAAUAGGUUUGAAUCCGUUUGAAAUCUAGAAGCAGUGAGAAACCACUGUCCUUGUGUGCAUUACAUUCUUAGAAAACAUCGUGGCCUUUUGUUUUCAUGGUUUCUGUGAUCUUUACCAGCCCUACACUACACUUACAGAUUCUUUUCAUCCCUGUGAUUCCAGUUUCAACACAUUUACACUAUCAUGUUGUUACGAUUAUGAGUUGAUAAAGUUUGACUUUUCUACCAGAAUGGUGUACAAAAAAUGGACGCCAACUUAGUGUCUCCCUAUCCUAUCCUUCUUGCCCUUCUUUUCUUUGGUGGAGUGAGGAAAGGAACGGGGUCACAUGUCUAAGACGGGAACCUAAAAUGAGCGGGCUGGAUUAUUGGGCCAUAUUUCGGCAUGUUAUUAGGUUCAUUAUCAGUUGACAGUUAAAAGUAGUGUUUUGAUACCGUGUAACUUCUGGUAAGGUUUAUCUCUUAAAUCCUAAUGUUUUAAUGUUCAUUAUACAGUAUACACUCUUUUGACUGUGGAGUAGAUGGGUUACUAUUUAUAAUUUUAUCAGAUCAAUUGAUAGUUUAAGUUUUACAAGAUUGAUGUUCUGCUGAUCCAACCGUUGAAUCUCUCUAAUCAUACACAUAAUUCAUAUACACGGUAAUAGGAUUAGUGUUCUUAAACUAUAAACGUAACCUUCAUCAUAUGGUUGUGUGGGUGGUAAAGAUCAUGUGAAUGGGAGUUCAACAGUAAAUUCAAUUUUGUUUUUUUAAAGAACAAAUGCGAAAACUUAUGAACUGGUGUAACACACUCUAGUUUACAACCCCAGCUGCUUUGAGUUUAUGGCUAAAGGUGAACAGUGUCAUGAUUGAUGUAAGAUCUGAUAUUCAGACGGAGUUUAGGGUGUAAGCGUAUAGGAGUUACGUUUUAAGUAGUUUUAAGGAUUAUGCGUAGCAUGGGGUGAUAAGGAAUAUGUAGGAAUAUGUAUGUGUUAAAACUUACCGAGGGGUUUCCAGGAGUUUUCUAUUGCAUCUUAUAAACAUUUUAUUCAUCGCCAUAGUUGGGGUUGUGAAAAAAUGGAUUUUAAUUUUUUGUGAAGGGUCAGGAUAAAUGGGGAUUUUAGGGUUUUAUUAAAGAAGUGUUGAGAGGUUAAGGCUUGGACUGUAAGCCAAGUAAGGUAAGUGACUAGAAAUUGAAGAACGGUUCUUUCGAUCUCUGUGCGUUUAGAUGUUUAAUCCAUCUCCCUGGGUUCUCCAAAUAGGAUUUGUAAGAGGUAGAUGCUGCUGGAACAAACUUUCACAGGCUGGAUUUUGGGUGCAGAGUGCAGAACAUCAAUGAAGGCAGAAGAAGAUAAUGAAUGCAGAAAAUUAAAGUUAGAAACCUCAGAAUCUCAUAGGCUAGGAUGCUUACCUAAAAAACGUGUACAGAGGCCAAAAAAUUGCUCACAAAUGGAAAAGAAACAAAGAACAUGUGGGUUGUGAUGUUAUGGGUAUGAUGGUGAACCUGGCCGAAGCGGCUGAAGUUACCUGUGGCCUGGGUUAUUGGCUUAAGAGUUACUGGGUUGUUCUAUACGAGGAACUUUCAACGAAGAGAUGUUAAGCUAUCGACAUCUUCAACAUUCUGAUAUGCACGUUGAGUGCGUGACUUGAACAUUUUUUGCCAAGUAGAGGGCACAACUUAGUCUUCAAGUAAG